AAGAGAGGGGAGAGGGACACGAGGUUGUAGACGAUCGCUAGAGCUAUUUACAAUCGCAGUUCGAAGGAUAAACCGCUUGCUUGUCUCGUGCCCGCGCGCGUCGUAGCGCAAGUUCUGUGUUCCUCGAGGUGCCGAAUUUCGAACGCGCGAAAACACCACCGAUACUCGAUAUACCAUAGAAUCCACGGUUGGGGGACAGAGUCUGCUAGCGAAAAGUGGCGGAAUGGACACGAAUACUAGUGAGAAAAGUGAAAAGUGAUUCGAUCGUGAUGACCAAUGGUUCGAAAACGAAGAGUCACGGUUACCGUUGAACCGCGUGAAUCCGUUCGUCGGGGAGUCGAUCGAACCAUCGGGAACGAGUGAUGGUAAAUCGAGCGGAUCGUUUCAACAUGUAAAUAGCACGCGCCUGUCACCAUCGUUUAAUUUUUUUUUUCUUUUCGUUCCGUUGUUUAUCCUGAGUUCGCCCCUUUCGUGAGUUUCGCCCCCCGGAGCACGAGAGUUCGUGGUUUCUUUUGGACACGGCGUCGGCGGACGCGCACCCUGUCGAAGCGGUUUGGAGCAGCCAUCGACCAUCGGACGGUUGUCUCGUCGUCGUCGGCACAUCGUCGAGGCGAAGACGACGAUAUGCCGCACGCGGUGACACGCUCGACGUCGCACCAGCUGGAGCGCUCGAGGUUAAUCUGGACUUUCGUGACUGGCGUACGUGCGAUCAUAUGAUAAAUGUAGAACACGUUUUGCCCCGCCUUUUUUUCUUUUUUCCGUUUCUUUUCAUUUUCGUUCGGUCUCCCCCGCCCCCCCUUCGCAGCACCGGUCCUCUAGCCAAAGUUCUCUCUAACGACGUAUCUCACGUGACUACUGUUUCGCGCGUCUUUCGAGGCAUCGUCCAUGUGCUGCACGCGAGGAAAUCCACAUCGGCGGUCGUCGACGGCUGAAAGGAGGGAGGCGCGAGACGUCGCGACCUGACGCGCGUGUUUCCCCCGCGACCCGGUCGAACGUUUACGAGAUUUCUGGUGCUCCGUUCCACGGAGAUCGGGAAUAGUGAAACAGAGCAAACGGACCGCCACGCGAUACCUGGAGGAACAGAUUGUUAUCGGGACUUGGUGCGCGCGCGAGCGCGUGUACGCGCGCGUAUGUGCGUUGAAUAUUCGGUUGUGCGAGGUGCGCGUCGCCCGUCUCUGUCCCUUGUAUAACGGACAAGUGCUGUGCUCGGGGGAAGAGACCGCGUCGUCGUUGUCUAUGCAAAAGAAAGAGAUAAGAAUAGCGACCGAUAGACAAUAUGAGUGAGAUGACGAGUGUCGAGCAGCAGCAACAACAGCAACAGUACGUGGGCAGCAGUUCGAAUCCGGAGCAUCAUUGCAAGGACUGCGGCCUCUACUUCGAGAGCGACAAGAGUCUCGAGGUGCACCUGCGAUACCACCAGGAGAACCUGCUAAGCCAGUGGGCGAGCCAGGCGCAGCAGGAGGAGAGUAACAACAACAACAGUAAGGCAGGCAAUCACAACAGCCACGUGGGCGUUAAACGCGAGAGCGUGACCGCGCCGGCGGACUCGAGCGAGUCGUCCUCGAGGCCGCCCUCCAAAGAUCCAACGUCCUCUCAGCAACAGCAGCAACAGCCACAGCAGCAACAGCCGCCGCAGCAACAGACUGCCGGUCAAAGUUACAAUCAUUUCCAGACGCCGAUGUUCGGCGAGGCCAACUAUUUUAUGCAGAACGAACCGGCCUAUAUCCUGCCCCAUCAUUACUCACCGCCGCCAGACGAUACGCAGAACAAUGGCGGUGGUAGUGGUGGCGGCGGAAAUUAUUCGCGCUACCACCCGUAUCAGCAUCAGCAACACUUUCCACCGGAACGGACCAGCUCCGUCAGUUCCACCAGCCCGAGGAGCCCUCCCAUACACUGUGACAAAUGCGGCGCGGUGUACGAGGACGCGAAUCAGCUGGGCGAACACGUGAGAACGAGCCACUCGAACUCGCCCGGAGGAUACCCCGGGCAGCAUCAAUAUCAGCAAUUGGGUAGCAGUCCUCAACAGCAGAGUCAGCAGCAGCAACAGAUGCACGCGUCCCCGCCCCAGUCCAGCCAGCAGCAGCAACAACAACAGCAGCAAUCCGGCUACGACUACAACAGCGGGCAACCCUCGAAAUCGGAGGUGAAGCAAGAACCGGAGGAACAGGCCGAGAUCCUCGAUCUGGAUUCUCACAAGGUUCAAACUCACAGGUACGAGGAGGAACUGAUGAGGCUUCAUCAGCAGCAGCAACAGGAGCUGCAGAUGCAGUUGCAUCAGCAGCAAGUGUUGCAACAACAACACCAGCAACAGCAAAGGGCAGGAUCGCAUUCGGUGAGUUCUAUGCUGGGUUGGCCACCGGCCGCCCAGCCUCAUGAUUAUCACCCCGGGUUAUCGCCAAUGGGCCCCAUGGACAGUGUUUCGCCGCUCCCAGAUCAGGGGCAGUUCAUGCGUGGGCAACACAUGCCCGUCGAACCGCCGCGACAUCCAGGCUCGCCUAUCAUUACGAGCACGCAACCGAUGCCCGGCCACCAGAUCCCCGGAGGUCUGUUGCAACAACCGCCCAAGCCUCCGCCGAUAGCCAAUCAAUCGUGGAAAAGUAACGAGGCGCGGCGACCAAAGACCUACAACUGCACCGCGUGCAACAAGUGGUUCACCAGUUCGGGCCAUCUGAAAAGGCACUACAACACGACGUUGCACAAGAACGCGGUGAAGCAGAGCAAUCAACCGGAUCCUGCCAACAUGCCGAUCAGCGCUCAUCAUCAUCCGGGUAGAGAUAACCAUUCCGGCGGCAGGAGCGGGGGAUCGUCGAGAUCGCCUGAAUUAUCUUCUUCCGGGAGUCCCCCAAACUUGAUGGCAGGUCCUUCGGGCGAGGCGGCGAGGGGCCUGCUGCACACGCCCACCACCACCAGUCUCUUCAGCAACAACAAUUCCAACAACAGCAACAGCAGCAGCAGCAGCGAAUCUUCGGCGGCGGCGGCCCUAACGCAACAACAGCAGCCUUCGGCGGUCCACUUGGGCUCCACAAUGGUACCGCCGCUCAAUUCGCCGGCCCAGUCCCCAAUGGCGGGCCACCAUCAGCAACAAAUGGGUUCCCCGUCCCCCCAGUUGGGCCACCAUCAGCAGCAGCAACAGCAGCAGCAGCUCCAUCACCUGCCAAUGGGUUCGCCGUCGGGCCAACUUCCGGUCCACCAUCCCAUGAGUUCGCCCAUGUCGCCCAUGCACCCGCCGCCGGCGCCCCACCUGAAUUCUCCUUCGCCAAUGGGCUCGUCCCACCCGCACCACAUGAGUUCGCCGUCUCCCAUAACGCCGGGCUCGGUCCACCCAGCAAUGGCUUCGCCCACGGCGAUGGGGGGUACUACGAUGCCUCAUCAGCCGUACCCAAACGCCUUGCCCCCCCACGUUACAACUACUACCAACAUCCCGGGCCUGCUGGAGUCUAUCACCAUCCAGCUAACUACUACUGGUAAUGAGAUGCCUAUGUCGAUCUCUGGGCAACACCAGCAGCAGCAACAGCAACGACAGCAGCAGCAACACCACCAGCAGCAGCAGACUCAGGAUGUUUUACCCGGUUUUGGGACCUUCAGCAACCAUCAGAGGACCCUGCCAAGUUUCACGCAAUUCAACGUUACCGGGUUCUUAAUUGGCCAGAAUCAACCACAGGCCGUUAACGUGGGGGGGCUAAGUCCGGAGGAGAACGCAUCUCCUCAAGAUAGAUCGUUUGAGUCGCCUGGAUCGACGUACGAUCCCUACAGAAGUUCGCCGCCUCGAUACGAGUCCCUCACCAACAUGGACGCUGACAUGAUGCCGAACACCGACGGCAUGAUCAUCAAGCAGUACGAGAUCCAAACCCAUCAUCUGCCUCAUCCGCUUCAGCAUUCGCGGGACAACCUCGAGGCGAACAAUAAUCUGCCGCAGAUGAUUCAGGCAAAGGAGGAGCUGAAUCCGAACAUCGGUAGACAAUACGCGAAGGAUCACAAAUCGAAGAUCGCCGCGGUGAUCACCAAGGAGCAUCAGGUGACCAGCACGAACACCGGCUCGCACUACAUCUCGCAGGACGGCUUUCACAAGUGCAUCGAGUGCGACAAGGUAUUCAACAAGGCUUGCUACCUGACGCAACACAACAAGAGCUUCCACUCCGGCGACAAGCCGUUCAAAUGCAAUCAGUGCGGCAAGAGGUUCCCCCUCGAGUACCUGCACGCGGAGCACCUGCAGAAGCACGCUGGCGACAAGCCGUACAAGUGCGAAACAUGUCCGAAGCAGUUCAACCACAAAACCGACCUCAGGCGGCACAUGUGCCUCCACACUGGCCAAAAGCCGUACGCCUGUGAUAAUUGCGGCAAGGGAUUCAUCAGGAAGGACCACAUGAUGAAGCACCUCGAGACGCACAAAAAGAAAUCCAACAACCACAACGUCCAUCUGCGGGCGUGAUUCCAAAAGUUCGACCAUGCCACGGUCCCCGUGAUUGUUCGUUCGAAAGGUGAGACCGUAAAAACGUGCGACAUUGCAAUCCGAACUUCGCGUUUCAUCGAUCAGAGACACUGGUACUCGAGUGCACAAACCGUUCGAUCGUGAUCAAAUUUGUAUUUAUUAUAUAGUUCUCGGUUAAGGCAUCCUUUUAAUAUCUCUGUCGUCCAAGUUUCCUCCCCCUUGAA